UUAUAACCGGUUACUUGGCGUAAAGCAGGAAACACUGUUAUCAUCUCCACCAGUAUGCAUUACGCACCCGUCCCUACACACAGGCUGUUGGAAGCUGCGCAGUUUUCCGGUGACUUCAGUUUAAACAAUUCUGUGAUACGAGAUUUGAGAAAUGGCAGACGAGGAGCUUAAAAAGGUUAGGAGUAAGUUUGUGGAAAAGGCAUCCAAAGAACUGAUCAGUCAGCUCCUAGAUGACAUUUUAGAGGAUCGGAUCGUGAACGAAGGGGAGAAAGACUCAAUACUUGAGGAGAACAAGAGCACAGCAGACAAGGCACGCAGUCUCAUCGACACAGUGAAGAAGAAAGGACAUGAAGCCAGCAGGAAGAUGAUUGUUCGCCUUCAAAGCAGAGACCCAACACUUUACUCCACCUUGGGUCUGUCCUCUGGUCAACCUGCUCCGCCAGCUGCAGAGCCUGAGAUGGAGCAGGAAUGGUCAAAGACACUCAUCCCAACCACUGAGGCAUUCUGGAGAGACAAACAGAAUGAUAGAAAUAUUUACCCUGCAGCCAAAUGUUCCAUUGGGAAUCGUGUGGCUUUGCUAAUCACUAAUAUAAAGUUUACUAAUGAGAACUUAAACAGAAGAGGAGCUGAGAAAGACGAGGAGAACAUGGAGAAACUGCUCACAUCUCUGGGAUAUGAAGUGGUGAAACACACAAACCUCACAGGAAAGGCAAUUGAUGAUUCUAUAAUUGAGUUCUCUAAACAUCCAAAACUCAAAGAGACAGACAGUGUGUUGGUGGUUAUCAUGUCUCACGGGAAGCUUGGAGCUGUCCUCGGUGUCAACUGCAAAAAUGAGACAUCUGGUGAUGAGACACCAGAUGAAUUCCCCGUCAACAACAUUUACAAACACUUGGGCUCAGAGAAAUGUUCAGCACUGCUGAACAAACCCAAGAUCAUCAUCAUCCAGGCCUGCAGAGGAGAAAAAUGUGGAUCAGUACUUGUUAGUGAUGGUGCAAACCCAGCUCUGGUCUGUGAUGAUGUGAAACAGCCAGGUCCAUCCCUGUCUGCUGGUGAAGAAAACAUAGAGGAUGAUACUUUACGAUGUGUACACAAAGAAAAAGACUUCAUUUCUCUUCUUUCCUCCACUCCUGAUACUGUCUCAUAUAGACACCCAGAUAGUGGGUCUUUACUUAUCCAGUAUAUGGUUGAGGUAUUGAACACCUUUGCACAUAAGGAUGACAUUGAGGAACUUUUCAGAAGAGUCAUGCAGCGCUUCGAAGACUUUUCCGUUCACAACAAAAGACAGAUGCCAACCAAAGACAGAUGCACUCUAACAAAGCGCUUCUACUUCUUUCCAGGCCUCUGAGACAGGAUUUGCUGUUGUUUAACAGAGCUGUGACGACAUUUUGAAUUAUUCUUGCAAUGCUUUCUGAGAUGCUAUUUGGUGAAUAGAUAAAAGGUAUGGAUGGAUUACUGAAUGGGCCUACUAGCAGAGCAAAGAGAAGCAAAACACAACCCCGUCUUUUUGUGUCUCUUUCAGUCUUGAUAUUUCGUAGGAGGGGUGGGGGGCCUCAUCCAUGUCUGUGUCCAUGGGCCUGUUGUUUCAUAAUCUGUCUGAUAAAACUAAACUUUGUUUUAUAUGUACUUUAAUCAUUGCAUAUUUUUUAUAUAUAUCUGACAACGUGUAAGGCUUUGAAUUAAUGGCACAUAGAGAUUUUUAUUAACUUGUAUUCAACAGGUUGCUUACUCAUGGAUGUCACGCAACUAGUCAACUGUUUUCCUUUGAGAAAAACAAAACGAAACAGGACCUGCACCAGGUUCCUAGUUCUUCCACCAAAUUUUAAAACACACCUGCCUGCAAAUCUAUGAAAUCUCUUGGAUUCUCUGCGGCCAAGUUAACAUUUAAAAUGUGCAAUGUUUAUAUCUAUUUUAAACUUCUUAAAUGUAAAGACAACACUGCCAUUAAGUAAAAAAAUAGCCAAAAAUCUAUAGAAAUUAUAUUUUGUUGUUAAUUGCAAUUAUUCAAAUUACAAUUGAUUUUCAUAAUUUUUCACCAUUUCAAAGAAGUGGCGGUAGGCAUUUAUUAAACAGGGACUAUAAUGCAUGAAGAGCCAUUCCAGGGCUGAGAAAAGGGGGUACUGGGGUAAAUGUGGGUGGUUUUUUAAUAUAUCCAUGUAUUUUAUUCAUGUUUUUAAUGUGACAUAUUGACAUUGAAUGGACGUUUACUUUUGUUCUUGUUGGUAUUAAUUUUGUCCAGGUUUUAAACCAUAAAUUAAAAGCUUACUACACAA